AUGAAUAAGCGGGACUUCCCGAGCGCCCCGUCUGACAGAGGAUCGCGCUCCGCAGGUGCCGAGGAAUACUCAUUUUCGCCACGACCCCCCGGUGCUAUUUGCCCCGGCGGGGCGGGGGGCUGGAAACCCGGCCUCCCGAGGCCCGGGCCGCCUCCUCCGGGCCCCGCCGCCUCCCCGGACCGUACCGAGCGGAGACGCAUCCCAGCUCCUCUCAGCGGGUGGGCUGCGGGAGGAGACGCGAGCCCCAGAUGGGAGCGCGGAUUGCCCGACGGGCAGCGGGUCGGGAUCUCGGGGGCCGCGGCGGAUGUGGGCUGCGGUGUCCCCUCCCCGCCCCCCCCCGGCCCCUUCCCACGUCCCAUCGGGGGCACCGGCCCCGUGCCCGGCGUGGCCGAGGCCCAGCGCCCGGCCGGGGCCCGCGGGAGGAAGCCGACCGCCCCGCGAGCCCCCGGAGGAACGGGUCGGCGGAGGCGUGACGGGGAGGGCAAGAGGAAACGGGCCCACUUUACCGGCGCCCUCCGGCCUGCACGCGGAAGCUCCGUGGAGGAGGGGGCGCGGGGGAGCAGGGGCUGCUGUGAACACGUGCCCCGGGAGAGCGAAGCGGGGGCAAAAAUGGACACGGUACCCGAGAGGGAGCGUGCAGUUAUGCACGUGGCAAUCCGGCCCGGGCGGGAUCGACUUUCCCGGCGACGGUCGCGGGAACGCCAGUGGGUGAGCGCGCAGGCACGCCCGCGGGGGUCCGCGCCCGCGGGGGCCCGCGCCCGGAUGUCCGCCCGCCUGUGCACGUGGCCGCCGGAGAGGCGACCUCCCCCGGGGGUCCCCGGCCGGCGACCGCCCGGGGGCCGGCUCCUCUCGGCCGAGGCCCGCCGGAUGCCCCGCGCCGUCCCGAGAGGGGACGCGUCUCCCCCGGGCCCGGCCGAGGGGGCCCCCGGCCCGAGGUCCCCUCGGGAAGCGGGGGCGGCGGGCUCGCCGGCCGGGAACGGGGCCGGAGGAUCCGAACCCACGGUUCCCCGCCCCGGCCGGGAAGCGGCCGACGACGGCGGGGGCGUGGGCGGCCUCGGCCGCUUUACCGAGCGCCGGCCCGGGCGACCGUCGCGGGCGGAGCGCCGCGCCGAGCUUAGAACGCCGCCCGGCGCGUAG